AUGAUCUCUCAGUCAGUAUUCAGCCUUAUGAUCCUGCUCGGCAUGGUCAACUGCUACGUACCACAUCAUUCGCAUCAUGGAAGACAAAGUAGAAGUUUAGAACAUCGACUCCACCGAGAGCGUGCAUCAUCUACCAAUAAGUCUGCUUCCUCGGCACCGCCGCCCCUCUCCAAACGAGAUGACGAUCCGAGCAGUAUGCAAUGGAUCAAACGUUGGGCGGCUAUUGGUGACAGCUACACGGCUGGCAUUGGUGCCGGCAGGCCCCUGGGUCACAGAAUCACCGCCGAUGAAGUGGCUAUUACAGUGCCUAGUGGCCUAGAAGAAGUUCGCGACAACUGGAAAUGCUCUAGGUAUGAUAUGGCAUACCCUAAAGUCAUCGAGGCCCAGUUUGGCUCCCAUGUCGAGAAGGACGGCGGUUUCCAAUACCUUGCUUGCAGCGGCGACCGUUCAGAACAAAUCUACCAACAGGCGAAGGCUCUGAAAGGCGAGCUCGACUUUGUCACUUUCACCUCUGGCGGAAACGACCUGUGUCUGGCCAAAAUCAUCGCGGACUGCAUCAUGUUACCCUACGGCAAGUCCACUGCUUGCGAGACGGUCAUCGCCAAGGCCCAAGAGAAUGUCAAGUCAAUCAUUACGGACAACAUACUUCAGAUUUUGGAGGCGCUCGAUGAGAAGAUGAACAAAGAUGGCAUCGUGGUCGUGAAUAGCUACGCCCAGUUCUUUGACACGACCGAAGACAAUUGUGAUCGUCAGUCGUGGGAUAUUGCUUGGUUUCUUCCGCUAGGCUCUACCUAUCAGGCGCUCACCAAGGCUCGUCGUCAUACUUUUAACCAGCUCGUCCUUGACAUCAACAAGGCCAUCCGUGAGGCUGUGGAUCAGGCCUCUGAAAGCGACAAGAUCAAUUAUAAGGUCGGCUAUGCCGAAUGGGACGACUGGGUAUCCAAAGAGCUCGACGCCCGAAUGUGCUCCCCGAGUAGCAAUGGCGACUAUCCAGAUCCCAAACAACCAAACAUGCAUUUUAUCAAGCCUGACACGCAUCCCUGGGGUGGCUGGGAAAAUGAUUUCGAACGGCAGGAGCUGCGCAGGCGCGACAUUGAUCUCGACGAACUGCUGAACUCGACGAGACUAUCCACUUCGGAAAAACGUCGUGCCAACCGCCUAAAGGCUAUGAUGGAGACUCGCGACAGGAACAUUGAACGCACACUGUACGACUCAGUUCUUUACAAGUCACCCAACCCGCGUGCCGCCGUCAGGCACAAGCUGGACCCGCGGGCGCCCUCGCCACCAGCCUGCCCUGGAGACGGCGGUUUCGACAUGACUCUGGGCAUGGGUAUGCCCGACCGCGUGGGCCAGAAUUUUCACCCCAACGAAGCCGGUCACCUCACUAUAGCCUCCUUUGCACUUGCUGAGCUCAUGGAUCUGCGUGCCAUCGUCCUCGGUAUCGAUUCGCCUACAUGCGAAGCAACUGUCAAGGACGAGUUUACUUGUUUUUCGAAGACUGGCAGUAAGUACUACGUCAGUGGAAAUCGCACCAACGAGAACUACGAAGGCUUCUGCAAAGAGGUCGCGGAAAAUCAUUCGUCUAAUAAGAUCAAUUGGAGCUAUUCCAAGAUCUACGACGAAGGCACACCGGAAGAGCACGAGUAUGUCGUCACACUGGGGAAUGACGCCUCGGCAUUCGAUCAAGACCAAUGUGUCGAUUCGAUGAAGAAGCUCAUGAACUCAUGCGACACAUCUGACAACCCAAUGAACUGGAAGGGUGGCGGGCGAUACGUUCGUGACAACGGAGACUACAAAUAUGAGCUCCACCCUCGCCGCAAUAACCGCCCCUGGCCAUGGCCUAAAAGUCCUUACGGCCGAUGUGAGGGCUGGUACAAGGGAACCCAUGGACGUUAUAAGGUUGAGGGUGCUGGCUUUGCUACUUGGGAUCAUGGCGGAAAAACUCUUCGGCCUAACAUGGACAGUUGCUAUGGACUCGGCACGACGUUUUGGAAAUUCGAGUACUUUAACAACCCGGCUGAUCAUGAUGGGCACGAAUGGUACGCUACCUUCAGUACGCCAAUCUGGGUUCGCGCACGCUGUUGGAACAACAACAAGGUUGUCAAAGCCGCAGGAGGAUGGACGAAUGGGUGUAAGGGCAAUGAUUAA